GGUUAGUGCAGCAAUCAGUCUGAGCCUCGCCUUGCUCUUCUGCAGACGCACAGGGCACACAAAUACUGAGGGAUAAAAACGGUGCUUGGAAUAAAGAAACCAAGCCUAAUCAUGACCGAAACCACGAAGACGCACGUUAUCCUGCUAUCCUGUGGCAGUUUUAAUCCCAUCACCAAGGGGCACAUCCAUAUGUUCGAAAAGGCAAGAGAUCACCUUCACAAAACAGGACGAUUUAUUGUGAUUGGGGGAAUCAUCUCGCCAGUUCAUGACUCCUACGGAAAACCGGGCCUGGUCUCCAGCAGACAUCGCCUGAUCAUGUGUCAGCUGGCUGUCCAAUCAUCUGACUGGGUUAGAGUGGACCCUUGGGAAUGCUAUCAGGACACCUGGCAGACGACCUGCAGUGUGCUGGAGCACCACCGCGAUCUCAUGAAAAGAGUGACGGGCUGCAUUCUCUCAAAUGUGAAUUCCCCGUCUACAACUCCAGUGAUUGGACAGCCACAGAACGAGACACGUCCCAUCUACCAGAACACCAACAUUACAGACAACAAGCCCACUGCAAUUAAGCUUUUGGGAAAGGUGAGUGAGAGUCUAGGAAAGAUCUGCUGUGUACGCCCCCACAUUGAUCGCUUCACUUUUGUGGAUGAGAAUGCAAACCUGGGAACAGCAAUGAGAUACGAGGAGAUUGAGCUGCGCAUCCUUCUGCUGUGUGGCAGUGACCUACUUGAGUCCUUCUGCAUUCCCGGCCUCUGGAAAGAGAGUGACAUGGAGGUGAUCGUAGGGGAUUUUGGGAUUGUGGUGGUACCCCGUGACAAUGCGGACACAGAAAGAAUCAUGAACCAUUCCUCAGUCCUUCGCAAGUACAAGGAUAACAUCAUUGUUGUUAAAGAUGAAAUGAAUCAUCCCAUGUCUAUUGUCAGUUCUACCAAGAGCAGACUGGCCUUGCAACACGGAGACGGGCAUGUGGUGGACUACCUGAGCCAGCCAGUCAUCGACUACAUCCUGCAGAGUCAGCUGUACAUCAACACCUCCGGAUAGAGCCCUCCAUUCUCUACUUUCCUGCUUGGGGGUGGCUUCAGUUUCUCUCUCUCUCUCUCUCUCUCUCUCUCUCUCUCUCUCUCUCUCUCUCUCUCUCUCUCUCUCUCUCUCUCUCUCUCUCCCUCGCUCUGUGUAAAACUUAUAUUCCUCCUGCUCUGCUGCUUUCCAUGUACAGGAGCCUUCAGUGUCUCUGUCUCUCCUAACUGUAACAUAGCAACAGGGCCUCCCAGGGGUACUGUGCUGAAUGAGAUGGCACAGAAUACAUGGAUCCGCCCUUGACUAGACUCUUCUUCUUCUGUGCACACAAGGGGCUGCUGGGAGGAGGGCGUGGAAGGAGGGUGCAAGGAAUAUUCUCCAACGAUAAGCUGUUGGCAUUUGCUGUACAUUUAAUACUGUUCUUCUAAUGCAUGUGUUAAUGUGUUUUAUUAUUUAUUUUUGGCAUGAUUGCUUUUAUUGCAAAGUAGAUUUAUAGUCUGUGGUAAACAUAUUAGCAAAUAACGACCAGGAGGCAAUGAGGCGAUUAAAAUGACAAGAACUGUCUCCUGUUGAUUAGUCCAUUCUCUAUCCACCAUUAUUGAUUCUCAAUAAUCAAGGUUUAUACAGUACAGGGAGCUUGUGAAGCAAACAGGAAGUAAAAAAAAAAUUGAAAAGAGCGAUGUUGAUAAAUUGAAAGAAUCACUGGUGGACCAUUUAAAAUGGCAGGUUUAAUGGUCUGAAACAAUGUCAUUAAAAAAAAGUCUUUAAUACAAAACUGAAAUGAUUUAUUUGGGAUUGCAUGGCAGAUUUACAGCAAUCAUUUUCCUAGAGAGAUUUUACAAUUUGAUGGAAGGUGACUUCACUAAUUUGUAAAUAUUUAACCGGGUGUUCGUUGGCUUACUCUGUGUAUGUCAAGGGCUAAUCUGCAGUUACCUGCUGCCAAAUCCUGGUGCUUUGGGUUUCAAGUCAGUCAAAAAAUGGACACCUAUUCCCAGCAACUGGUGAUGCCAAGCGCAUCAGUUAUCAGAUAAAUUGAUCUUUUUAGUAGCAUCAGAAAUAGACUUCCAUAUAAAUCAUGUGCUCACCAAGUGUCACAGACAAAGCCAAAAUUGUUUUAAAAAAUACAUUAAAUAUAUGGCCUACAUUUUUUUUUUUUUUUUUUUUUUUUUUUUUUUUUAAGAUCAUGAAACUGACAAGAACAUUACUAUCCUAAUAAAAAGCACACUCCAGAAACGGCCAAUUUAAGGAGGCCAUGUUUAAAAAUAGGACUGACAAGCAGGCUGUCUCUCUUGAAAAAUAAUAACAUGAGCUCCUUCAGCUCAUGCUUGUUCAGGAACUGCACUGUAAGGAGCUCACAGCCUGGUCCAGACAUACAGUAGAUACACUCUCUGGAGGACCGUCCCGUUCAUGGAAGAAAGCUAACCAAUCAGAGUAUUCCUUGCCCCUUCGCACUCCACUACCCUCCACAAUCUUGCUCUUGGACUCUUGCCACAUUAACAUUUGCUACUGGGAGUGACUUGAAAUCAGUCUUAUUAAUUUCCAUCAGCAGCAGAUUGAGUUCAAACCAUGGCAUGUGUAACCCUGUAGAGCCCCUGGGAUCUUUUUAAUAAUAAUAAUAAAAAAAAAAAAACAUUUGAACAAUCACUACCCAGCUUAUCCACUACUCUGCAUUUAGCUCCAACUUGAGUCAUGAUGUGAUCUAGGCUUUUUUUCUGGUCGCAGGUCCAGUUUAAAGAUAGCAGCAUGCUUAUUAGAAAACAACCAGCUUAGUGCUUUUAUGUCUCUGGGUGUAUCUGUUUUCUAUAUUAUGUAUGUUAUAAAUAUGGACUGUUUGAUAAAGAAUAAUAAUUGACAUAAGAUUGUACAGCAGGGAUAUUUUACUUGGUGUAAGACAUUAAAAGAGCAUUGCAGUCUGCAGAUUGGAUUACAUAACUGACAAACAAGUCAAAACAAAUACCAGGUAAGAUAUCUCUGAGAAUAUCAUAUUGGCUGAAGCGAAGGAAAUGCUAAACCCCACAAAAAAGCUUUUAAUUAAUAGUGACAUUUAAAGGAAAAACAACUAAACAAGUACUGUAUAAAUCUAUUUAAACUGCAGAUUGGAUUACUCCUUCAGCCCAGUAUUACACUAUAAUCAAGGGCAAUGUGGUUUUUGGAUGUUUUUCAAAGUGUAACUUCAUUAGAUUAUUUUUCUUUGUUUGUAUCGGUACAUUGUAUAAUAAGGCUAGUAUUAAAAUUAUUGACUGCUAUUUGUUUUAGAGUGAUUCUUCCAUUUAGAUUAAUAAAAGUUAAAAAUACCUGCCA